CCAUGGAGUCAUCUUGAUUUGUGAGCGCCUGCGUACCACAGUACGCAAUUGCAUGCCACCGAUCAUCGCCCGUUCCCCGCAUCCGCGCUCGCAUCAACCCAACAUUGGGGCCACAAGUACCACCUCGGAACCUCUUUUUAUCUGCUGCCCGGGGGUUUUCCGUGUUCUCGUUGCCAGCUCCUUCCAUCUUCCUUCUUGCACGCAUUAACUCCAUCGCUCGCUCAAUCCACCUUCACGAGCACGACCUAACGGAAAAUGGCCCUACGGCGAGCUGCCCGCGUCAUCCUUGUUGGCGCGCCUGGUGUCGGAAAGGGAACACAGUCGGAACGCCUUCUUCAGCGGUUUCCUCAACUGUCCUCCAUCAGCUCGGGAGAUCUGCUUCGAUAUAAUGUCAAGCAACGGACUCCUCUCGGCAUCAAAGUGGAGAGUGUCAUGAAGUCCGGCGGUUUGGUAUCAGAUGACCUUAUCCUCCGCCUCAUUGGCAAUGAGCUCACCCAGCGCGGAUGGCUCAACUCGACUCACCCCGCCGGCAACGUUCUGACGCUUGCUUCCUCGGCCCUCAGCGCCGAGGGUGCACAGCCUUUCCAAGACGAUGCUGAAGUUGCAGCGUUCCUCUCCUCGCCAGCGCAAGCCCGUGGUUUCAUCCAGUCCCAGCUUUCCAAUGAUCCCACCCAUUCUUUCCUCCUGGACGGUUUCCCGCGCACGGCAACGCAGGCUAAGCGCCUGGAUGAGAUUAUCCCCAUCAACCUGGUCGUGUCCCUCAAGACGCCUGUCGACGUUAUCCUUGAGCGCAUUUCCGGACGCUGGGUCCACGAGCCGUCAGGCAGGGUUUACAACACCACGUUCAACGCACCCAAGGUUCCCGGUGUCGAUGACAUUACCGGCGAGCCCUUGGUCCGCAGGGCGGAUGAUGACGAGAAGGUUUACCUUGCGAGGUACAAGAAGUUCCAGGAAACAGCCGAGCCUCUUCUGGAUCAUUAUGCGCGCCAGGGAGUCCUUUGGGAGGUUGAGGGUAUGAGCAGCGACGAGAUCACACCAAAGCUCAUCACGGAAUUCGAGCGCCGCUUCGUCGAGUAGGACGGGCUGUGGCUAUGACGUUUGGGACCCCGGCACGUAGUAUGGGGCAACGAUCCUCGGCUGGCACGAAUGACAAGAGGGCUACUUGGGGCUGGUUAGAUGGCGUUUUGGCGUCUGGUUUGGGUGACUUCAUCGAGAGUCUUUUGGCUUUGAAGCAGGCGUUUUUUGGAGAACG